AUGGUCGAGGAGCUGUUUGCCAAGGGAGAAUGUACCCUCACGGAAAUCAACCAGGAGCUUCGGUUGCAGCUGGCAAAGUACAAGCAGGACUUCAGGGACCUCACAGAGAAAUUCCUCAUAUCCCAAGCUACUUCUUACUCCCUGGCCAACCAGCUACAGAAAUACAGUGGGCCAGGAGUCCAGGGGAACCUGAGUCUGUUCUAUAAGAUGUGUGACCAACAUGAGGAUGAUGAGUGUGAAGCGUGUAAGGACAUCGUUGAAUCUGUGCUGGGGGAGAAGCUGCUGUUUGAAGUGCGGAGGCCAGCAGAGAAGCUGGCAGAGAAGCCAACGCUUGAUGAAAGGCUGAGGACAUGUGGCACACUAAUUCGCAGUCAGGCAAGAGAGCUGACCCAGUUACGGCAGACACUGCGGGAUGGGAAAGAUGACUCUGUCCUGCUCAAGCAGCACCUCAAAGACCUCCUCACCCACAAUGACCCGGACAGCCACCAGGGGCAGGGCUUCCGAGAGAGCCUGUCUGAGGGGUACCGACUGGCCAAGCGCCUUGCCUGCAAGCUCAGCCCAGAAAUGUAUGAAGAUGAAGACGAUGAACAAGCACAAGAAAAACUAACCCCCAGCAUGGAGCUGCAGGAGGUUGAAAAGAGGGAAGUGCCUGAAGAAUCCAAGGAUGAAUGUGGUUUGAUGCCUUCAAGUCUCCAAGGAAGUUCUGACAGCCACCAGCCUUACAGUGACGACAAAUUUAAAUUUAAUGAACUGGAAGUAGACCUUGGUCAGGAUGGAGCCCGUGGUUGCUCUCACGCUAAAGAAGAUGAAACUCCAACCAAUAUCUCAGACAAUGAAAAUGAUCACAAGCAAGGGAGUGGACAAGAGCUCACAUUUCCCAGCAUGGAUUUGCAGGAUGAUGAAGAGAAGGUGGUGUUCCAGCAAUCCCAGGAUGAGUGUGUUUCAGUACCUUCAACUCUGUGGGAAGGUUCUGCCUGCAACCAGCCUUCCAGUGAUGGGGAAUUUGCAUUUGAUGAAGAGAAUGUGGCGUCUGCUGUGGAUGGAGCCUGGGGCUGCUCUCACGCUGAAGAGGAUGAAAUUCCAACUGGUCUCGCAGAAAGGCAGAAAGAUCACGAUGACCUGAAGGGCCCAGAGGUGGUUGCCCCGAGGUUCAGCAGACAGCUGCCACAGAUGAGAGAGAAUGGUGUCCCACGUGACUCUCUGGAUGACUACUAUCUGACCUACUCGGUUCUUCCUGACCUGUCAGACUCCUUCCGGCCCUAUAGGAGCAACACCGUCUUCUCAGCUGAGGAUGUGGAUGUCUCUUAUGCCCGGGAUGUAACCAAAAAUCUCGCCGAUCUUGAGGAUGAGGAAGAUCAAGACAUCAUCUCUUCUAGUGUGGAGCAGCUGGUGGUAGAAGAGAAUGAAGUCCAACCAGACUCACUGGAUGAAUGUUAUCUGGCUGCUUCUGUUGGCCAUCAUCUGGCAGGCUCCUGUCAUCCUUAUAGAAGUGCCUCCUUCCCAACAGAGAGAAGAGAAGUUUUCUUGGCUCUAGAUGUAAUCGGCGACACCUGGGAGCACUGUCACCGGGGGCCUGUGAGUUUCCCAGGGUCAGAGGCGCCAACUGCACGGGCACGGCUUCAGGAAAGCACCGCGUGACUGAGUGUCUGCAGCGGCAGCUGGACCCGCAUCUCGACGGUGGUGACAGCACAGCCGUGCUCGGGCUCCUCCCACAGCUGGGGCUUUACCUCCAGCCCGAUUCUGGAAACCGAGGACCGCCCUUUCUAGAGCUGGGUGCUUCCAUCAGCAUGAAGAACCCUCCCAAGCUGCAAGGUGAGGGCUCCACAGCAAGCACACAUGAGCAUCCAGUCUGCAACAAGAUUAAGGGCUUAAGUGUCCUGAAACAGAAGAGCAUCAGAAGAAAACUGCUGUUUAGCAAGUGGAGACUAGCCUGCAGAUUCCCUAGCCUUCAAGCAUAGGGUACAGAGAUACCAAUUAUUUUAGGAACUAAGAAAAGAUAUUGUCAAUUUGAGAAACCACACUAUAAAAUUACCAUUUCCAUUUGAUGAAAAACAAAAUCUACAACAGCAACUCAAUUUAAACCUCAGCAACACUGGAGGGAUCCUUUUCUGAGAAUGAACAUCCCAACCAACAACCACUCUCCACACCCCAACGGGACAGAAUUGAUGGGAGUAAUCCCAGUCAUCAGCCUCGGAAUGUAAUCCUCAGGAAGGUGAUCAGUGCUUUGAUGGACGGUUUGGAAAGACCUUAACUCUUGCUCCUCUAAAUAUCCAUCCUCCACACACCAGCAUGGGAACAAUUGCAAGAAGACAACAUAUCAACCUGGUCACUUUUGGCCAGCAGAUGGACUGUGCUCAAAGAAGACAGCAUUUACUAUGCAUUGUUCUUGCUGAAAGUGUUCAUCCUGUGUUUAAUGUUGAGGUAGAUAUCAGAUAACUGCAGAAUUUAGACCCUUGAACCAGACAACUGGCCUGUCUUUCUUCAAACCGUCGAUGUUUGCAUCAAAAAGACAACCAAAAGGGGAAGAGAUGUUUUAGGUCCCAAAGGACUAAGAAGAUUGUGUUACUUUAUUUCUUUAGUCCUUCGGAACCUCAGACAUCUCCUCCCCUUCUUGUAGUUGUCUUUGAUGGUCGUGACAUUGACUUCUUUGCAGAGGAUAGGUCACUUGUCUACUCAAAGGUCUACAUUUUGCGGUUGUCUGAUCAUUUCCUCAUGAUUAAUCCGGGUGAACCCUUUCUGCCAAGAACACCGUCUAGCGCCUGCUGGGCGCUUCCUAGUGCAGCCUGUUCGGAGGCCGAGCGUCCACUUCACUGUCACCACCAGUGUUAUUCCAGCACCGAGCGCUGUCAUGCAGAGGCUUGUGGGAUCUGGUCACUGGAGACAGGUUCUUGUGUCUGUAAUGAGUAAUUUGACUAGUGGUAUUUUGAGAGUGUAUGAAUAUUGUGUUAUAUGAUGCUCUUUCUGUAAAAACUUUACCAUCCUUUAUUGAUCCCUGAUGUGUAUCAAUUAUCAUAUCUGUGGUAUUGCCAGCUUUGUGCUGUGGAAAAGACAGCAUAGCCCUAACAUAUUAUUAAACAUAA